CCGCGGCUUGUAGCGCGACUUGUUGAUUAUUCACUGCUCUCCGAACGAGCUAACCGACAGGUCGUGCGGACUGGGCUUGAGCAACGCGAAAAGUACAACAUGGUGCAAUGUUAAAAGUUUGAAGUAUGAACUAGUGUAUUAAAAUUGAUAAUGGGAGGGCAGUGAAGUGUAAAUAGUGUUUAUAGUAGUACUGUGCUACUAAGUUAAGUGGUAGUUGUAUGUUUAUAAGUUGGUUACAAGUUAGUUGGAACUAGUUUUACUUGCACCACGCGUCUCGCGGAUUGUAUUUGAAGAAUGAACGUUAUUAACGCGAUGUGUGUAAAGUAAAGUUAUUGAAUUGUGGGAUGUGCGUGUGACUUUAUCGACUUGAAAUUUCUGGACGAAACUUCAAAAUGCGGUGCCUGGUGCUGGUGUUUUUAAUUGCGGCGGUAGUCGCCGAUCUGGGGAGGCGGUGUUCCGAACUCAAUAUCACCGUCGACGAAGACGACUCAUGGCCAGAACCCCAGACCACGGCUCGUACCCGGCUGCGACAUUCCCGCCAUCUGGACAACCAACCUGCUAAACUUGAGGUGAAAGACAAUCACAAGCCGAUUUUUAAGGACUGCGCGAAAUACCACCCGAGCGUAAAAGAAGAACAACCCAUUGGAACCUACGUUAUGACAGUUGAGGCUGUGGAUCGAGAUCCACCAGAUAGAGGAGGUUCAAUCACUUACAAUUUUAUCUCCACAUUUAAUGAAAAGGAACGAUUCAAGGUGGAUCCCGUUACCGGGAUAAUUACAACUGUCGACAUUUUCGAUCACGAUGAACCCGCCCGUGAAAAGGAGGUGUACAUCACUGUCCGCGCCACCGAUAACGGCCAACCAGAGCUCGACGACGCCUGCACUAUAAAGAUUAAAAUAGAAGACAUCAAUGACAACCAACCUGUCUUCGACAAAGUAACGUAUAUGGAAUCUGUCCCCCAAGACCUGCCUGUUGGUCGGCCGGUGAUGCGCAUUUCUGCCACUGACAUCGAUGAAGGAGAUAACUCCAUCGUUCGCUAUCAACUGGAUACCAACUCUCCUGACCAGCAGUAUUUUUACAUCGACAAGGAUAACGGACUUAUCUUCCUUAACAGGAGUAUAGACAAACCCGCGGGCUACAAAUUCCAUCUGAGCGCAGUGGUGACAGAUAAAGGGGAACCUCCUCUUCAAAGCUCCAUGACACUGGACAUCGCAGUCGUUGAGUCGAAUAAAAAGCCGCCAAGUUUCACUGAGGUCCCAAGAGAACCUAUCAGGCUAAAGGAGAGUUACGCCAACUUUACCCAUCCCAUCACCAUUCUUAAAGCCCAAUCUAACAUCGAGGACGAAGACAAACUCCAGUUUGAGCUUGUAAUGGGCCAAACUGAACAGACCAACAAACAGCACACUUUUGUGUUGGAGCCCGAUGCAAACACCGCCUACUUGAAACUUGGCCAUCGCUUGGAUUAUGAAAGAAUAACAGAUUACACCCUCACUGUGCGGGUUCUGAAUAACUACCGCUUGGCUGCCGAAACCAUAAUUUACAUAAAAAUUGAAGAUGUCAACGAUAACAUCCCCAUCUUCAGCGAGAUAAGAUCAGGCACUGUGCUAGAGAAUGAACCAAUCGGCACGCCAGUAAUGCAAGUCCGCGCAAUUGACGCCGACGCCACUUCCGCAAAUAACCAAGUAACAUACGCACUCGAGGAUCCUACAAAUUCCUUCGACAUAGACCCUCUGACCGGCAACAUUACUACGCGGGUAAUGCUUGACAGGGAAAAUCGCAGUUACUACAGCGUCAAAGUCUUCGCCACAGACAACUCGGAAUCUGCGCUUAUCCCUAAGAGGAACAAUACGGGUCAACACGUAUUUUUAAUCGAAAUAGCGGACAAAAAUGAUAACCCGCCCCAAUUUACCCAAGACACCUAUGUGACUACAGAGGUCGCAGAGAGUGCCAACAUCAACGAAUUAGUCACACAGGUCGCUGCGAUUGACAAUGACACAGCUUCGGUGGUGACUUAUUCAAUUAUAUCCGGCAACACCUAUGACGCGUUUUCCAUUACUAAUUACACUGGCGAGAUUCGUGUGAAGAACCCACUUGACUACGAAAACAUCACCAGUUAUACUCUGGACGUUCGUGCCACUGAUGGCAUCUUUGAUGAUUACGCUAAGAUUAUCAUCUCCGUUUUGAACAUCAACGACAACCCACCUGUCUUCGUGGCUAACUACAGCAAGACCAUUCAAGAGGAGACUGAGUACAACGGCUGCGUCGUCAAGGUUGAAGCUUAUGAUCCUGACCUCACAAACCGUACCGCCGAUCAAGGAAUCGUGUACUCGCUGAUAAAACAGGAGCAGAAAGAGUUCUUGAAAAUCAAUAGAAGCGGUUGUUUGGAGUUGACUAAACCUCUCGAUCGUGACCCGCCCCUAGGGUUUGCACAUUGGCAGAUUUUCAUCAUGGCUGUAGACCAGGCAGGCGAUCGUGGUUCCGAGAGCCUGCGAUCCACGACCGAAGUUCUCCUGGAGCUCACUGACAUCAACGACAACGCCCCGUACUUGGUCAACUCGCAACCAGUGAUUUGGUACGAGAACGAACCUCCUGGCCCUAUCGCUCUUUUGACGGCGAGGGAUAACGAUUCGCUGGAAAACGGCCCCCCGUUUACCUUUGCCAUCAACGAGACACUGGGCCGCGGCUUGGACUACCGUACUAAAUUUAGUAUCACAGGUGACGUACUUUCGUCUCUUGUGUCGUUUGACCGAGAGAACAUUAAGGAAUACAAUAUUCCGAUCGCCAUAACGGAUUCUGGUUCGCCACGGUUAACCGGCGUUUCUUUCCUGCGCGUCAUCAUCGGUGACACGAAUGACAAUCCUAUGCAUGGCGCACACAGCAACAUCUUUGUCUACAACUUCAGGACGCAUACGAAGCCUGAACACAAGAAUAAAAAGUUCAUACCACAACAAAUACACCUGGAACGGUGGAGAAGUUACGGCGAAACUCCUGACACUGAAAUAGGACGUGUUUACGUCAAGGACCCUGAUGAUUGGGAUACAGCUGAUAAGGACUUCAUGUGGCUUCCAUCUUUCGAGAAACGUUCUCCCAACUUUGACGUUUAUCGGUCCAACGGAAUGAUUAUAAUGAAGCGCGGUACUCCCGCUGGUACAUAUGCCUUGACCUUCAACGUCACCGAACAGUCAAGGAAUGUUCCCUUCCACUCUGUUGUCGCAACUGUCAACGUCACUGUGAAGGAUAUUCCUGAAAAGGCCGUUGACAAUUCCGGUUCCAUACGUUUCAUGAAUAUAUCAGCUGAGAGCUUUAUCAUCCCCGAAUUUGACGGUUUAAGCAAGAGGGAAAAACUUCAUCGGCGUCUUGCCAAAAUAUUCAAUACGUCCUUGGACAACGUGGACGUCUUCUCCGUCAUCACGAAGAACACGAACUCUGACAAGUUUCUGGACGUCAGGUUCUCAGCUCACGGUUCACCUUAUUAUACACCCGAGAAGCUCCAUGUUAUGGUUUCCAAUGCCUUGAAUAAGAUCGAAGAAGAACUAAAACUAAAAGUAUACAUGGUCAACAUCAACGAGUGUCUAUUGGAGAAAGUGAAUUGUCCCGACUCGUGCAGGAACAUUUUGAACAAGAGCAAUUUACCAGCCUCUAUUUACACUAAUACUACCAGCUUCGUCGGUGUCACAGUCUACAUAGACCCUGAUUGCCAGUGUAUGGUACCGGAAGCAGUUUGUUUGAACGGAGGUACUCCAUUUGCAGAUAAAUGCGAAUGUCCAGAGGGGUUGACCGGGCCUCGGUGCGAAUCAACCAAGAUCGGAUUCAGUGGCGACGGCUGGGCGAUAUAUCCGCCCCUUCAAACCUGCCUUCAGGGUCGUAUCUCCCUCACUGUCACUACCAACACACCUGACUGCCUCAUUUUGUACAUGGGCCCAUUAAGAGCUAGCCAAUUCCUUCGGAUAGCAGAUUUUAUAUCAUUGGAAUUGCUGGAGGGUCAUCUCGUGCUAAUGAUGAACUACGGCUCCGGCACCACCCGCAUUAACAAUAGCGUGAUUACUGUUUCCGACGGCAACCCGCACUUGAUCGAGGUCACUUUCACGAAGACCACUAUCGAACUCUUCGUUGAUGACUGUCACUUUACCUCAUGCAUGGCACUUGGUGCACCAAUUGGACCCAGCGAACAUUUGAACGUCAACGGUCCUAUCUUCAUGGGCGGCGUGUCAGUCGAUCUUCAGGAAAUCAGCGAUGCUUUCAACUGGUCCUACGUCCCGAGCAACCGCAACAUGAUCGGUUGCAUCUCCAACUUCACAUAUAACGACCAGACGUACAAUCUCGGAAUGCCCUCGUACCACCUCAAUGCAGUCGACACCUGCACAUUGAGUUACAUGAGCGGUGUCAUGUUUUUCUUCCACACAAACUUCAUAGCGACGGUCAUCGCCUGUCUGGUGGUUCUCAUCGCUCUGCUGCUGCUGGUGGUUGUGCAUAAAAAGCGCAAAGACAACUGGGCCGAGAAAGAACUCGACGACAUACGCGAGAACAUCAUUGCGUACGAGGAUGAAGGGGGCGGCGAAGGAGAUGCAGGCUACGACCUUCACGUGCUGCGCCAGAUGUUCCAGCCGCAACCAGAAGGCGACAACUACAUGCGCGGACCGGUGGUGGUUGCGCCGGCGGCGCCAGACAUCUCGAACUUCUUAGACGACAAAAAGUCUAUUCUGGAUCGAGACUCCGAGAUCUGUCACCACGACGACGUAAGGCAUUACGCAUAUGAAGGCGAUGGGAACACCAGCGGAUCCCUCUCCUCAUUAGCGAGCUGUACGGACGACGGAGAUCUCAAAUUUAACUAUCUAUCCACUUUUGGACCCCGGUUCCGUAAGCUCGCGGAUAUGUAUGGAGAUUCUGAUGAAGAGCGAGCCGGACCACACGAAGAGAGCUGGUGCUAGCAGAGACUGGAGCGAGGGCUCAUUUUGCCGCCGAGCCCCUACAAAUAGACUCAAGUGAGAUAAUAUAAAGUGACUUUUGACAUUACCAAUUAGGAAAAGAAACUAAGUGUUCUACGAAAUUUUUGUGAUACAUAUACAGUGUUCUGUCCGCCGUCAACCCUGUGACUGACUCGGAUUAUGUUUUAUAAUCACUAUUAUUAUUUGUAAACGUUUUGUUGAACUUUGAUUUCAAUCAUUAGGUAUUUUGUUUAGGGACCAAAUUAUUAUAUAUUGUUACUUACACUUAUGUUAAAAAUCCACGUUGCCAUGCGUAUAUUUUUCAUUAAGUUGUUCGCCAUUUAACGUGUAUGACACUUGGCUUUGAUGUGAUUCAGUCACAGCACAAACGCGUGGGAAGGCACUGAUCAUAUGUAGGUUUAGAAUUAUUAACGAAGACUAGGAUACGAUUGUCGCAAUUGUCAAUUAUAGAUGGAAACAAACGACAACGAUCAGAAGUACGGUAUAACAAAUGACUGAAAAAUGAACGGCGUUGUUUUGCAAAUAGUAAAACGGUAUGUAUGUACGUAAUUUUGAUUCUUUUUUUACGCCUUAUUUACAGUUUAUUUGUAAAUUAUAAUCUUUGACAAUGAACAAACCUUUCUUUAAUAUUUUAAUAUUUUGGGCAGCAUUUAUUUUUAGUUAACGAUUGUUAGUGUAAUUUAAAUUAAUGUUUAAGUGCCAUUAUUUUUUUACUAGGUAUUUAUAUGAAAUUUUUGUAUGUAGCUCAAUUGUUUUUGAGUGUUGCUGGUUCGGUGAAGCCCCGUUCUUUAUUUUAAGAAUAUUCUUUUUCUUAUUUUUGGUGGCUGAAAACAUCGAUUUUAGGUUUAAAUACUUUCCCGCCCAUAUUUUUAUCUUUUUUUUAUUAUUAUGACAACUGUAGUUGUAGUUGUUGUAUUGCUAUGUUCAACAACGUAAUUUUGUUUCUUAUUACUACUUCCA